GGUCAAGCGUUGAAAAGUUUUUAGUAAAAUUGUAAAGAAUUAUUAAAUUCUUUUGCAAUAUUCAUCAAAAUCUCUAGAAACCUUAAAGGUUGCAAUUUGUUUGUAAUCCAUUGUGAUUUGAAGUUAUUUUCGUUCGAGUUCGGCUUGAUUACAAACUAAUAAUUUGUCCUGUAAUAUCAAACGUGUCAAAAUGUUCUGACGUUUCUUUUCUGCUCUAAAAACAAAGGUUACAGAUUUUCUUUACAGUAUUGAAGAAAUUCAUUUAAUCUGGUGCUAAUUACAUUAUUGAGAAAUGUUAAUAAUAUUUUUUAAUCGGAAAAAUCAUGAUUAAAAAUCGUUUGCUUAAACAUUGUAGUCAUAAUUCUGUUGGACAUUGUUGCAGAUAUUCUUCAUUUAUAGUAUGCAAGCGCUUGCAUCAAUUUAUUUUCAUUUGCAAAGGUUUGUAGUUGAUUCCUCAUAGCAUAUUUUGAGCUAUGGCAACUGAUGUCAGUGAUAUUGUGAAGCAGGGUUACCUGAGGAUUCGAAGUCGCAAACUGGGUUUGUGGCAGAGAAGAUGGAUUGUAUUACGAAGAGCAUCCAGCAAAGCUCCAUGUCGUUUAGAAAAAUUUGUGGAUGAAAAGGCAGCUCGUUCAGUGACUGGUCACAAAAUUGCGCUUCUAACCUCUGUAAAUACAAUAUGUAGAGUCCCUAACAGCGUUAAGAAGCAUGCUUUCUCUAUCUGUUUUUUGGAUGGGUCAACAAAAUGCUUCGCUUGUGAUUCCGAUAUGGAAGCAGACACAUGGGUUAAGCUUCUUGUCCAAGAAUCUCUUGUUCCUCAGCCUGGUUUUGCUACUGGAGAGCCAGAUGUGUUAAGUCCAGGGAUUCAGAAGGAGUUGCAAGAACAGUUUCACGUAUACUUGAUGCCAACACCCAAGUUGGAUGUAUUUGGAGAGUGUCUACUUCAGGUUACUCAUGAGAAUAUUUAUCUGUGGGACAUCAACAACUCACGGGUAAAACUGGUAGCAUGGCCAUUGACUGCACUGCGUAGAUAUGGUAGUGAUCCAUCCAAGUUCACUUUUGAAGCUGGCAGGCAAUGUGUUACUGGCGAAGGCAUGUUUGUGUUUCAAACUUUAGAAGGUGAUAGAAUUUAUCGCAAGGUUCAUCAGGCUACUUUAGCCAUAGCUGAAGCACAUCACCGCAUGAAAGAACACAAUGAGAAGGUAUUUUCUAAUCAGGAAACUUCAUCUCAGAAAGGGUCAUCUUCUCGAAGUGCAUCUUAUCCUUCCGGCUUCCCGGAGUCCAGUCCCUUCCUCAUCACGGAAGAUAGCGAUGACGAUCGCCAGGAAACUGUCGUGUCCAACUUGCGUGUGGUGGCAGAUCAUCGCCGCAUGGUUGCCAGUGAAGAGACACUCGCACAUCGCAGGCCACGCUCCAAGUGCAGCUUACGUUCUCAUCUGUUGCAAUACGGAAAGCAGUGAUUUCUAUAAUGGGACAUUUUUGCAUUUGCAGAGAAUAUUUUUGUGUGCUCCUAUCAUCACUCUGCUUUUUGUAUAAAUGAAGGGACGUGCAUCGAGAUGGAUACAAUAUUUUUAUUAGUUUGCUGCAGCAGUGCAUUUGGCAUGAGCUCGAUGAAGCUUGGUUUUUGUUUGAAAUAGAUAGCAGUGCUUUUCUAAACUAAUAUGCAAACCUGAAACUCAGUAGUUGUUUGGGAAAUUAUUUUUGUACUGUUCAAAUUAUUUUAAUAAGAUAAUCUCAUUUUAAUCAAGAUUUUUAAGCCUAUCCUAUUAAAAUUCAACUAUAUAUGUGCAUGCAUGUUUGACUAAAGGUUGCAUCUGGUUGGCUGUCGGCCAUCAUCACAUUCAUGUAACAUUCAGUGACAAUUGGCUAUUUCUCGCCAAAUGUGAUGCCAACUUGCUUUCAUCUUUUCGAUUUCUCUCUUAGCUCAUAAAUGCGCAUAGUGAUGCUGAAUCACUACAAUAGGCAGAUAGAUGUGCUACAGGUGCCGCAGAUCUAAUUUUAGAUUACAAUUUGUCCUCAAAUUUAUGAUUUAGG